AUGACAUCAGAUCUUCUAACUGUCACUGAUCAAUUGUCAACUAGCAAUGCAAACCUCAACGAAUUAUAUUCGAACUAUGAAACUCUUUCUCCAUCGAACAAAAUCAAAUCGGAAUCUUUAGCAAGCUCACUUCACUCAAACUCAUUGUUGUCUUCCAAUACUCGCAAAGAUUCAACAUUGAAACUUCCGUAUCCAGUUCUGUCGGAUCAUCGAAAUCCGUCGUCAAUACUUGUUUCGUUACAGAAAGAAACACAGACGACAUCGAAGAAAAUCUCCAAUGUUAAUAAACAAAUCGAAGAAUAUGAACAACGGUUAACGUGCAAUAGUCAUAGUGAACAUGAAAAGAAGACAUUCAAAUCCGAACGUGUGAAGCUUAAACAACAGUUAGAUGCUUUGAAAAAACAUGAACGUCGUGUUAGUCUACAAAUUGACUUCAUGACAACCAAAAGUGAAAUUAAAGGUUUGGAAGAGGAAUACAAACAAAUCUAUGAGAAUGUUAACUCCGAGGAAAGUCGACAGAUCAAAAUUUUAUUAGGCAAAUUGAAACAAAAGUUAGAUAAGAUGAAGAUCUACAUGCGCGCAAGAAAUGAUGAGAUGAGAAAGAUUACUAAUGACAAACAAUGUUUAAAUAAGAUUAAAAUCUCACAAGUGUCUAGUCAACAUCAACGAGUUCAUUCAUCAGCGACAAAAGAUUCAAAUCGAAAGCGCUCUUCGACAUCAACUGGCAAUUCUCAAAUGAAGAAACGUUCGAAACCAAUUGUACCAACAAUUUGUUUAUCAUCUCGUGCAACAGAUCAUGAUUCAGUCCAGCCAGGAAUCGUACGAUUUGUUAACAAAACAGCAGAUUCAAAAGCCAAUUCGACUUCGCCAACAACACCAGGUUCAUCUUCUUCGAUUUCAUCUCUACCGCCACUUGCAAUUAAUGAACUUCCAUCCGGCGAUAUCGUCGAUAACGAUGAUGACGACGAACUCGACAUGGAUCUCAAUAUCGAUGAAUUAUUCGAUGACGAUCCGUUUGCCGAGCAGACGGCGCAUCGAUCCAAACUCGGAAUGAACAAAGAUGCCUAUUCACUUGCAGUUAACCCGAAUUCUUGA